AUGGCACUCAUUUCUUUUGACUUAGGACUCAAAUGUGAUGCUAACAGGUCAUUUAUCGACCAGGAUGCACCCCCACUGCCUCAUACGGAUGCCCCCCCGACUGACUGGACACCUUAUAAUGAUCGAGCUGCAUUUGAGACAGUGGAGUUUGUAUUCACGCGCAAUCAAAUGUCUGCAAAGCAGAUUGAUACACUUCUCGACUUGUGGGUCACAACUCUCAUUAAGCACAAUGAUGCUCCCCCUUUUGCGAACCAUAAGGACAUGUAUGCUACCAUCGAUGCAACACCACUUGGUGAUACCCCUUGGAAGAGCUUUACGAUGUGCUACAAUGGAGUCAGACCUGAACAAGACAUACCGCCAUGGAUGGAUGGAAAAUAUGAUGUAUGGUAUAGAGAUCCAUUGCAAAUGGUGCGCAGCAUGCUGGCAAACUCUGAACUUGAUGGAGGAAUCGAGUUUUCACCAUAUCGUGAUUAUACCACUGAGAACAAACGAUACUGGAAGAACUUCAUGUCGGCUGACUGGGCGUGGAACCAGGUGGAUGUUAUCGCUCAAAAUGAGGAGAAUCAUGGUUCGACAUUCGUGCCAUUGAUUAUCGGCAGCGACAAGACAGUCGUUUCUGUCGCUACUGGCCAAACUGAAUAUCACCCACUUUAUCUCUCAAUUGGGAACAUUCACAAUAGCAUACGACGGUGUAGCACUCGAGCUCGCGCUAGGCUCAUAUUCACUGAAUUCCCUAUCCAUAUUCAAUGCCCAAAUUUUCGACGGCAACUAUUCCAGCAUUCCCUUGCCAAGAUUUUCGAGUCUGUGAAACCCUUUAUGGAAACUUUUGACGUUACACACUUUCCGGACGGCCAUUUUCAACAAACCGUGUAUGGCUUGGGCCCAUACAUUGCUGACUAUCCAGAACAGUUAAUUCUCUCUGGCGUCGUGCAGAAUUGGUGUCCACGGUGUCUGGCGAAUAGGAAGGACCUUGACAGCGAUCAACCAUGUCUGCAUCGACACGAAGCACACACCGAGUUGCUCAUCGAACAACUCACACACAAACAGGCUUGGGAUGAGUAUGGCAUCAUUGCCAAUGUUGUCCCAUUUACAAAUGACUUUCCUCGAGCGGACAUCCAUGAGCUCCUAUCGCCGGAUAUUUUACACCAAAUAAUCAAGGGAACUUUCAAGGAUCAUUUGGUUGAUUGGGUGGGUGAUUAUUUGCAGGUCACACAUGGUGCUCGUCAUGCGGCCGAGAUCAUGGAUGACAUUGACCACAGGAUAGCAGCAGUCGCCCCAUUCGCUGGGUUGCGACGCUUUCCUGACAGGCAUGGUUUCCGGCAAUGGACGGGUGAUGACUCAAAGGCAUUGAUGAAGAUCUAUCUAGCUGCAAUCGAAGGCCAUGUUCCUCAAGAUGUGGUGUGCACAUUCAGUGCAUUUCUAGAAUUUUGCUACAUUGUAAGGUGUGAGGCUCUCACUGAAGAUGACCUCGUACAACUCCAAGAUGCCCUCAACCGCUUUCACAAAUACUGGGAGGUUUUCAAGGCAACUGGUGUGGUCUCGACAUUCUCCCUUCCGCGUCAACACUCCCUGUGCCACUACAUAUUGCUGAUUCGACUUUUUGGCGCACCCAAUGGCCUUUGCUCUUUGAUUACUGACAGGUUUAAUGCACUCGGACAAAUGCUACUAACAAAUCAAUGCCUUGACAAACUUGCAGCUGCUUGUGCAGAUUUUGAGGCACGUGGUAUGCUUCAUGGCUCUUGUCUAUCCAACACUUUGGGAGAACUCCGGAGACGUCAGAAUGUUCAUGAAGACAACGACUCAGAAUUGGAUGAUGAUGCGAUGGCUGAUAUGGUGCAAGAAGGUCAUUCUAGGCGCCUGCAUGUCUACAAACCUCAAAACCAAUCCGUUGAGCGACUCCCCGUAUCACAAGUAUUCCUGGGGAAAGUAGCUGUCUUUAAUUCUGCUGCAGCGUCAUUCCAUGCACCCAGUGAUCUGAGUGGUACUGGAGGUAUGCGUCGCAAGCACAUCCAGGCAACACCAUCGUGGUGCGGUGGCGAACCUAGGCGUGAUUGUAUCUUCGUCAAUAUGGGUGCCGACUUUGACUCUCCCAUGGGUGGACUUGCAGUUGCGUGGGUCCUGUGCUUUUUCUCUUUUAACUAUCAGACAUUGUACUAUCCUUGUGCCAUAGUUCAUUGGUAUGCUUAUGUGCUUGAAGGACGUGAUCCCGACACAGGCAUGUAUGUCGUCACACCGACGACAACUGGUGAUGGUGUUCCAGACAUCUCAAUUAUUCACAUUGAUUGCAUCUUUCGUGCUGCCCAUCUCAUUCCAGUCUAUGGCCCAGACUUUAUCCCCAAAAUCAGUCCACACGACUCGUAUGACAUGUUCAACUUGUAUUAUAUCAACAAAUAUGCAGAUCACCACGCUUUUGAAAUAGUGUAA